UCCUCAUUGAAAUUUAAUUCAGUCAGCAUAUCUAAAAACAAGUCACUGAUAAUAUUUAAUUCAUCGAAAAAGUAUAUACCAUUUUUGAUAAAAUGAGCAGUAAAAUUAGUAAGUCCAAAUCGACAUCAUCUAAGCCUGUGGCAUCAUCGGCGAAAACUAAUAAAAAUGCUUCAGGCGAGUGUCAAGUUUUCACUUGCCAGUUUGAAGUAUUUGGUCAUGUACAGGGUGUAUUUUUCCGGAAGCACACCCAAAAAAAGGCCAACGAGCUGGGAAUUACUGGCUGGUGCAUGAACACAACUCAGGGAACAGUAAAAGGAAUGCUAGAAGGAUCUUUGGACCAAUUGACUGACAUGAAAUAUUGGCUGCAGCACAAAGGAAGUCCUCGUUCUGUUAUUGAAAAAGCAGUUUUCUCCGAAAAUGAAUCCUUGCCCAUCAACAAUUUUAAACUCUUUUCGAUUCGUCGCUAAGCUUCAACAUUAUUUCCAAAUUCCGUAAUUAGUUUUGUCAAGUUGAAACAAUAUUAUUUUUAUCCUUCUAUUACCAAUUGUCAGGCCAUGAGACUAAAACGUGACGAUGGCUGAGAACACGAAAUAAAAAUUUAGUUCUGGCUCCCAA